CACCUCUCCAAUCUCCAAGCUCCGAGCUCAUAGCCCAUAUACGAUCUUCAUUACUAUAUACUAUGGUUGUCCGGCGUCGAGAACAUUCCAUUGCCGUUCACCAUAAUCCAAUCACCGAGCAUUGCUGGCCUGGCAAUCAGAUGAUUCAUCCCAAGGCAAAAGGCCCGGAGACUCGCUCGCUCAUCACCCGGCGACCACCUAUCCUAUCGAUCAAAUGACUAGCACUUGUGCUGCUAACCCUGGACAAAGAGUCACUGCUUCGGCUGAGCUCGUCUGGGAUUUCGAACAACACCUCGACGACCGCAUCCGAGAGCCAAAGUUGCGGCAAUCACUUCCCAAAACUUCAUCUGGUACCUACGAAGAUCUUGCCAAAUCUCGGAAGCUCGCGGGAGCGGGAGAUGGACCACCAGAUGGACGACCAGGCCCACGAUACGCAGUCCCUCGAGGGUCUGGAGACACACUCUGACCUUACCAACGCAUAUGAAGAACAUUUCUGUGGAUACUCGAACAGUGAUUCGGAGCCCGAUAACACGGAUAACGAGGAGCCAGAUGAUGUUCGUCGAGAGACUUCCGAUGAGCCGCCGUUCAAGGAGUUGGAGAUCGAUUUAGAAUGGGUCAAUCAGAAGGAGGAGGAGUGCGAUCCUGAAGACUCGAUCUCGCAGUUCACACCUCCCAGACUCGCAAGUCUCAAGGUCAAAGCACCACCUUCAAAUGCAACCGACCUUACUGCCGGCGGACAGACUCCGGAGCACUACUUCUACUUGCUCAUGAAAGCGGAUAUGCGGGCCCUGCUCGAACCCAUCCCACCGAGCGUACAUUGCUAUCUGGUCGGAUCUUUCGAUGCCCUGGCCACCGAAGCAGAAGACCCAGCCGUCAAACCCGCGGUCUCCCGUUUGGUCGAAAUUCGCAAACUCUACCGCGAUCAAACUUGGUCCAAAUUCGAUCUACAAGCGGCGAUGCAGGAACUACUCAGAGACUACCUCAACGCGCUGGACCUCGACCUCGAGAAUGGAUCAGAGCCGAAAGAAGCAAAGCCUCGAUUCGUCGUGAGAAGCCCGGAAGAGUGGAAUCGUCUUCCGCUCGACCUGAAGGACCAGGUGGACUUAUCGGCACCAAAAGUCGAUAUUCUUGUCGGCCUUAACCCUGCGAAUCCUUCCGCAGUCUCAGCCUCACACAACGAUUGCCACCCACUGUCACCGGAAGCCAACUUACGCAUUCUCAAGAACCCCGCGACUCGUGAUUUCGCACCAAACAAGAGCACCUUGAUCUCCGACGACUGCUCGUCUCUCCAUGAUCUGUUCAUCAUACAAAUGUCGCGAACGGGAUCUUGGCAAAAGGAUGGCUCGCGGUCAACCGAGAUGCAGAUUGCCCAGGCUCAAGCCAUGAACGCUUGUUAUUUUCAGCUGGGCGCUAUGGUCGAUCUGUACGACCAUGCCAGGUCACCGACCGACGUCGGACCUGAUCCCCGAUACUUCGUCUUGGCUAUGACUGUGUGCGGGGAAGAGUGGACAGUAGAGUAUGCAACUUGGAUUGGGCCAAUGGUCCUGUUCACCACCCUUACUAGGGGGAGUUGGGCUCAAGAUCCAACGACCUUUCUGCAUGCAAUUCAAGAGGUGUUGUUACAUUCCCUCGUCUACAUGGAGGAAAAGAUGGCUAGGAUGGGAGAGCUCCUUCGCGUACCAGGACCGGCGAACCCAUCAUCAGGGAAAGUCGAACUUCAACCGCGGACCUACGGAAUCAGUGCAGAGAUGGCAACAAGACGAGCAGCCAAGACCAGAAAGCAGCUGGAGGAACAAGAACGGGAAGCGAAGGAACUCGAAAGCCAGAAGAAGGCGACGAAGCAGCAAGCCGGGAAGCGGGGGAGAAAGUUGACGGCGCAGCCUGUCGGGCGAACGAACAGCAGUAGUGGAGUGUGAAUUUGUAUGAAUUGUCUGGGCCGGCAUGCGUCCGCCAUCCGCCAAUGCGUCGUCAUAUGUCAUGCGAUGACCAUCGUUGCCCCU